UGGCUUAUGGCCGUUGAGGCUUUGCUUGCUUUGGAGAAGCUGCAGUGGAGUUUGUCUCUCGUUGUGCAUCCAGGGGGCCACCGGCGAAGACGACACCAGAAAAGCAUUAAAAAAACGCAACCGAUUACCAGUCUAUUCGUAAAGUGAAAUUGAUCGAGUCAGUCGAGAGCGAGGAACCUAACCUAUUCCCCGUUUAGCGUCUCGCAUCAUCCGCAACCUCGUCGUCGGCGCUAUGCGAAUGCAUAAAAAGAUAGUAAAGUGAGAAAAUGGAUCCAGCGACUGUUAUUGCGCUGUGCAAAGAAAAUAUUCAGCCAUUAAGACAUGGAAGAAAUGCAGUACAACUUGGAACUGCUCUUCGUGCACAAGAAGAUGCUGAAGCACAGCAAAUGCUUCAACAAGAAAAAAACAUGUAUGAAGAUUUGAUAAAAAAUUAUGUUGGAGAUGAUCCUCUUGAAAAUUGGUAUGAAUAUAUCUUAUGGGUGGAGCAGAGUUUUCCAAAAAGUGGACAUGAGUCUCCAAUAGCAAAGCUGUUGCAACAAUGUUUGACAAAUUUUGAGAAAGAAACAAAAUAUCAUCAAGAUCGAAGGUUUAUUAGACUAUGGAUUAAUUAUAUAAGUGCACAAAAAAACCCUCUGGAAUUAUAUCAGCUACUUUACAAAAAUGGAAUUGGAACAAUGAUAGCUGAUUUGUAUCGUGCAUGGGCUUUCGAAUUAGAACAAGUUGAGGAUUACAAGCGAGCUGACGAGGUAUAUAUGAUUGGUUUGAAUUGUCGCGCUGAGCCUCGCGAAGAAUUGGACUAUGCUCACAAAAACUUCCAGUUGGCUGUCGCUCGAAAAACACUUGGACGCAAUGACGAUAGGAAUGAAGUUACUGUAGCCGAACAGCGACAAGCUUUCAGUUCACUGAGAGCUAUCAAAGCGGGUAAAAGAGUUGGCAGCGUGAGAACUGGACAUAGAGUACGUGAUUACAUGCCAGGUGCUAUACCGCAAAUGGGUUCAAAUUUCGCACAAAAAUCUAAUGCUCCUAUACAAGUAUACCAGGACGACGUACCCGGCGAUUUGAAAGGCUCUAGUAUAUUAGACCACGUGCCUAUUGACGAUGCUGUACAUAAAGAAAAUACUAUCAAGCCUGGACCCUGGAAUAAUAAUAACAAGAAAUACCCAUUGAUACCUUCUGGUGUAAAACCAUCCUUCAAAGUACACGAAGACACUGAAGUUAUCGAUAUGGCGAAGUUAAAACUAUUUCCAAAUCACGUUACAUACUUUGACGACAGUAAAUAUGAGAAACAGUUCGAAGUACCCGUAUUUGUUCCAGACGUACCUAAUCCAAAUGUUAUAUUGAAACCUCACUAUCCCAAAGAUUUAGUUUAUACUAACAAUGAGGACAAGAGUAUGGAGCAAAUAAGAGCUGAACGAUAUAUUCAUAGGGAACAAAAAAUCAAUGGACAAAUUCUUGAUUCGAAUAGCAUUGAUCAAAACAUAGCAAAAGUUCAUCCAAUGAACCAUGACAAUCCAGUGGAAGAAAUGGAGAGUCAAAAUGAAGACAGGCAUAGAUUAGAAGAAGAGCAAAGGAAAGCUGACAUGGAAAGACAGAAUCAGAUGGAACAACAGCAAAAGGAAGCUGAGAUGGAAAGACAAAGACAAAUGGAACAAGAACAAAGAGAGGCUGAAUUAGAACGGCAAAGACAGCUGGAGCAACGACAAAGAGAAGCCGAGUUGGAAAGGCAGAGGCAACUUGAACAACAGCAGCGAGAAGCUGAUCGGCAGCGAUUGCAAGAACAGCAACGUCUGCAAAGCGAGCAGUUGGAAAUGGAGCGGCAGCGUAUCGAUGCAGAAUUAAAACAGCAGAUAUUGUAUGAAGUAGAAAAACGUCAACAACAACAAUCACAACAUCAACAGCAACAACACAAACUCCAAAACUCAACCUACUUAAGCCAACAUCAUUCAACGGAUGAGCAACACUUACUCGGUCAAAGUAUGACAGUGAACACCAAAGAAGCAAUAAGCGCGGUGCAAGAUUUAUGGCAAUCGCCAAGUAACAGCACUAGUCGUAUUAUAUCCAGUCCAAUCGCACAUAAAAUGCCCGAGACGCGAAGUAAAAUCUCGUUUGAUAUACACAUGGAUAGCUCGAUGACGCAAAACGUCAUGGUCAGCAAUAAAAUGCACCAUCAGCAGCAACAGCAGCAGCAAAGUUUUGGGCCUGUGCAACCGUAUAAUGACCAAGAGAAUCGACAUUUUCACAACUCGUUCUCCAGUCAAGAACAUCAGAAUUCGUAUGGAAGUCACUCGAUUAUUCAGAAUUCUUUUCAUUAUACAAUACAGCAACAGCCAUCUCACCAUCCUCAUCAGCAUAUUCUACAUACGCCCCAUCCACAGGCAAUGAUGCAGCCACAUCAGCAGCACCACCCACAUCAACAAGUGUCGCCGCAUAUGCCACCUCCACAGCAGCAUCAAUACUCUCAACAUCAGACGUCACCACACACGAUACAACAUCAUCAGUCUCCUCCUCAACAUCACAUGCCAUCUCAUCACUAUUCCCAGCACAUACAGAUACCGGUACAGCACAUACAGGCACCACAGAUCACUCAGCAACAUCACUACAACACCUCUCAGCAGAGUAUGAAUACAUCGCAGCAUAUGCACACAUCGCCACACAUGAAUGCACCUUCUCAUAUGCACACGUCGCAACACAUGAACGUAUCGCAGCAUAUGAACGCCUCGCAACACAUGAACGUCUCGCAGCACAUGAAUACUUCCCAGCAUUUACAGCAUCACUCUCACCAUCAACAUCCCCAUCAGCAUUCGCUCAUACAUCAUCAACAUUCGCAACAAAUUGCUCAGCAUCAGCAGCAUUCUAUAUACAAUAAUAUGCCAAAUAAUAUGGGCUAUCCACCACCUUACACUUCGCCUUUGCAAUCCGGUCAUACUAGUAUGGAACAGUCACACAAACAGCUACAAUACCCAGGUUAUGUAGAUCCAACAAACGAAAGUGCUAAACCCUCGCCUUAUCGGAUGCCAUCGGAGUUACCUCUCAUUAAAUCUCCGGGCAUGAAUCGUCGCGAUUUGAAGUAUCUUGAGAAUGCCGAGAAUAAGGAAAAUGCUGCUGUGGGUUACGAUUUCAAUGGAUCUAUGCAGCAACAACCAACCGAGAAUAAUCCGUAUAUAGAUGAAAGUUUAGGCAUUUCCCCGUUACCAGGAGUUAAUGAAACUUGCUACACUGAAACAUUCAAUCGGACUCUCAUUGCUUCCACACCCAUGACUAGCCAUUUUAAGGCAUUCAAGCAACCCAAAGAUAUUCAACAACAUCAGAUUCAACAAUCGCCGCAACAACAUCAUUUUCCUACUCAAAUUUCGUCUCAACAGCAUCAUCAUCUACAAUUGUCUCCUCAACAACAACAACAUCUUCAAUCGAUACAGCAUCAUCAUCCUCAGUAUACAAAUCAGCCUAUAGCCCCAGUACCACAUAUGCCAAGUUUGGUAGUACCAUCGGAAACUGGUGAGAAGUUAAGCGUGAUAAUGGAGUCUACGAAAGAAUACGUUUCAAGUAGCUCUGGCAGUAGUGGUGUUACUAAGACUGGUUUUACAAUUACUCGUGAUGAUCUUCCUACUAUCAAAGAACAGUCGACUGUCAAUGAUUCGUCAGGUCAGUACUAUCUUGGUCACGGUUUUCAUAACUACGAGCAGAAUCAACAGCAUCAGGCCUACGAACAAAAGAUGCGAGCGCAAAUUCAAGCGGUACAUGCUCAAAGUCCGCGCACCGUUCAGCGCAACGUUGACCAAAUCACCUCUGACAUUAAAACCAAUUGUGAUUUACGCAAAUCUAUCAGCUUUAAUGGCGUCGCGCCAGACACGACUUUGCCUGAUCUCAAACCACCGGAAUUACCAGCUCUAGAUGAAAGUGGUGUCAAGCCAAUGGAUUACGAAUAUCAGGAACCGAUGGAACAGGUGGUCGAGGAAGAACCACCGUUCGAACUUCCUGAAGGUGAAUUCAAUCCGUUUGAUAAGAGAAUUAUCUCUGGAUUAUUGCGAAAAAUGAAGUUUCCAAUGGCACAGCAUGCCGAUGGCUAUGUCAAGCUCAAUUCUAAUCUUGCUAAGCUCGUGCCUUCUACUUCGGUCUUACUUGGUAACGAUCAAUACGACCUUGAUAAGUGCCUCGGAAAAGGAUCGUUCGGUACUGUUUACAAAGCUACUGAUCUACAAUCUCGGAAAAUUGUUGCACUGAAAACGCAAAAGCCCGCUUGGGUUUGGGAAUUCUAUAUUGCAAGAGAGGUCAAAACUCGACUUACGAAUCCUCACAUGUUACGAGGCUUCAUGGAUGUACAAGCAUGUUAUAUAGGGGACAAUGGUAGCAUUUUGGUAUCGGAAUUUUCAAAGUACGGCACACUGCUGGAAGUCACGAAUAAGAUUAAAAUUUCAACUGGCAAACCUCUUAGUGAGCCGCUCGUGAUAUUUUUCACGAUCGAAAUGUUGCAAAUUCUGGAAUACUUACACAAAUGCCAAAUUAUACACGCCGAUGUUAAACCUGAUAAUUUUCUACUGAUGCAUCUGCCUACCGACGAUGUAAGGCCCACUAUACAAUUAAUAGAUUUUGGCAACAGCAUAGAUAUGAGUCUAUUUCCAAAAGAGACAAAGUUCACGCAAAUUAUAAAGACAGAAGACUUUACGUGUAUUGAAAUGCAAACCGGAAGGCCAUGGACUUAUCAAACGGAUUUGUAUUGUCUAGCUGCCUCUAGUCAUUGUCUUCUCUUUGGAAAUUAUAUGAGGGUCUCGAAUAAUGGUGAUAAGUGGUACAUCAAUGCCAAAUUACCUAGGUAUGCCAAAAAGGCUGUUUGGGAGCAAUACUUCACGGAGCUCUUGAAUAUCGAGUCAUGUGAGACAUUGCCAGAUUUAGCAAAACUUCGCAAUAUAAUGGAGGAGGCGCUGGCGCAGAUGCCCGAGUUGCAAACUAAAUAUCGGCAGUUCUCCAAUGUACUGAAUUCUCGAUAACGCUUACUCAACUCACAAAACUUCAUCCAGCGAAAAUGUAUCAGAUGUGUCGCCUAGGUGUUGGCUGUUAAAUAAGCGUCGUCUAUCGUUAGCUUUCUUGAUUUUCCUUUCCAAUUUUUGCAGGAGUUGAUAAUCUUAAAAUUUCGGUCGGUAGAUUUAUUCUCAUUGAUGUUAAGCAAGUUUUUUUUCAUUGCUAACUAUACUGACUAACUUAUCGAUCUGCAUUGCUUCAGAAGAAAUAAGUUCGCACAAGCUUUUCAUUGCAUACUGCAGUAAUAUGUGAAAGCUUUCGAAAGACCUUUUAAGCAAUUCAAUUCAAUCGUGCUAAUUUAUUGUAAACAUCCUUUUAACUAUUUGGUAAUUCUAAGAACUGAUAUUGCUCAAGUUGCUUUCUAAUUGAAGUAUGGACGCUUUACUUUAUUAUUUUUGUAAAUGAGUUGCAAUAACGUUGAGAGCCAAUUUAAGCAACGAAUAUUUUAAAUAUCAAUCUUUUAAUUUUGUAUUAAUCUAUUCUGUUGAGAGAGUUUUAAUUCAACUACGCACAUCAAAGGAAUAUAAUUUUGUAAAUUUUACGCUGACACAGCCAAUGUAUAUUUUAUUACUACUUUAUUUCAAUUUGAUACAUUAAGAGGAACAUAAACUAACUACGAGCCGUUAAACAAAGGUUCUACUCUAGGUUAAGGUAAUUUAGGGACAUCAUGCGAUGAGGAGAGAAGGACAAAGAUUUCAGAUUUUAGUUGAGGUGAUUUACUGUUAGAUUUUAUGAAGACCUACAAAAUAUUAGACCGUGUAAUAAUAAUAGUAAUAUUAAUGAUAAGAUUUAAAGUGUAUGAACAGUAAAAAAUAAUGGAACAUCAUUUUUAUGACAAAUAUAAGCGGUAUGCUAAAAGAAUAUCGCGAUAUGUUCAAUCAUAUAUUAAUGAAAUGUAUACUUUGCCUUACUUGGACGAUGCAGCGUAAAAUAAAAUUGAAAUAAUUGUAAAGAAAAUUUAAAACUUUUUGGAAAAGCAAAUUUCAUUAAUGAGUUCCGCCUUUUUUGUCGAUCGAUACUCAAUAUCUCUAAUUCAAGUAAUAAUUACUUAUCUUCGUUCUGAAACAAAAGCUGCACUUGUUUUUGAUAAAUACUGAAAUAUAUAAAAUUAUAUCUUUUUCUAUAAUAAAACAUAAAAAGACUUGUAAAAAGCGAAUUUUAAUUUUUUUAAACCCUUUCACUGCUACUCGUGUGACAAUGUUUAUUCCAAGAUUUUUCGACGACUUUAUUGUAAAAAAAUUUGUAAAUAGAAUUUUUUUAAUUUCCUUAAAUACUUAAAACGUCUGUAAUGAAAACUUAUAAACUAUUUAAAAUAUGUCUGUAUCAAUGCUUCUCGAUCCAAAAACUUAAUCAUUCCAAUAACUCAUUAUUUACUUAGGUCUGGUGUGUGUUCGAUGUUAUCUUGAACCAGAAUUUAUAUAAAAAAUAUAAAAUAAAGUGAGGACCAACCUUUUCAGAAACAAUGAAUUGGAAAAUUUCAUCAUCAAUAGUUUACAAUUGUCGAACUUUGACAUCUAAUAAUUUGAAACGUUUGUAUUCCAUAUGUACAUUGUGAAACAAACAACGAUGUAAAAAUUAUGAAUAUUCAAGUAAAAACAACAUUUCUGGUAUUUAUAUUUUGUACUUGUAUGAUUUUGAUUUACUAUGAUCGAAUCAUCGUACAAGUCGGAAAGACGU